UAUGGGCCGAGCUCGGUUCUAGGUGGAGUUUCUCGCGAGUAUAAAUGAACUCCCUCUGCUUGUCAACCGCCCCUGCAAAGCUCACACCCACAUAAACGACUCUACAGCCACACGUGUCCUGCAGCCAGCCCCACCAUGUCUUUCAUCAAAGAGUUCAUGAUGCAGACAGUCUAUCUGGGCAUGCCCGAUGAGUCAGUAUUAAAGAACGAGGGGACAGUGAAGGCAGCACCAAACUUCAGUGCCAGUGGCGACGCAGCUGUCUUGGACCAGGCCAUCAAGGCAAAAGGCGUGGAUGAGAAUACCAUCAUUGAAAUACUGGUGAAGAGGAGCAAUGAGCAGAGGCAGCAGAUUAAAGAAGCUUACCAACAAUCCAGCGGGAAGCCUCUGGAGGCAGCACUGAAGAAGGCGUUGAAGGGAGAUUUGGAGGAUGUGGUCAUGGCUCUGCUGAAAACACCGGCCCAGUAUGAUGCCCAGCAGCUGAAACUAGCCAUGAAGGGUCUGGGAACAGAUGAGGACACCCUUGUUGAGAUUUUGGCCUCUCGAACCAAUACAGAGAUUCUGGAUAUAAAGAAGGCCUACAAGGAAGAUUACAAAAAGGACCUGGAGGAAGACAUCAGAUCUGACACCAGCGGAGACUUCAGAAAUGCACUCUUUUCACUCUGCAAGGCCAACCGCACGGAGGGAGUGUGUGAACAGCUGAUUGACAGUGAUGCCAGGUCUCUGUAUGAAGCUGGAGAGGGGAGGAAAGGCAAAGACUGCUCCGUUUUCAUUGAAAUCCUUACUGUCAGGAGCGCCCCUCAUCUCCGUGAAGUGUUUCAGAGGUACUCAAAGUACAGCAAAGUGGAUGUGGCUAAAGCAAUUGACCUGGAGAUGAAGGGUGAUAUUGAGAAUUGUCUCACAGCAUUAGUCAAGUGUGCUGGGAGCAGGCCUGCUUUCUUUGCUGAGAAGCUCUACUUGUCCAUGAAGGGAUCCGGAACCCGCAAAAACAUCCUUACCCGUAUCAUGGUGAGCCGUGCUGAAAAAGAUUUGAAAUUAAUCAAGGCUGAGUACAAGAAGAAAUACGGCAAAACACUCUACCAGGACAUUUUGGAUGAUACUAAAGGAGACUAUGAGAAGAUUCUGCUGGCUCUCUGCGGUAGCGAGAACUGAUUUCUCAUCUCCUGACUACGAGCUCUCAAAGAGCUGACGAGGCCAAUUUAACUGAAGGCUCGACUCAAAGUUCAGCUCUGUAAAAUAACCUGCUGUCAUGACAUUUAAAAAAAAAACACCAAUGAGAAAAGACUUAUUCCAAAUCAGCAUUGCCUCAGCAGAUACAAUCUGAUCCUUUUUAAGAAAUCAAUUCUAGACCCAAAAUGCUCUUAUCUUACCAUGGAUUUGAGUCAGCCAAAAGACAUGUUGUCUGGACAGGUAGACUGGUUUAACAUAGGUGCUUGAAAGGAGAGUUAGUUAUUGCAACACUGCAACCAAAAUAAUCCUCCCCAUGUGACAAUUUUACUGUAUACCUGUGCAAUUGAAGGAGCUUCUACAAAUAAAAGCAUUUUUUUUUCUGUG